AUGCUCAGGGCUUGUCAGUCAAAGAAUCGCUGGAUCCAGAGAACGCCUAUCUCUUUUGGGACUGGAUCAUGUUGCCAAAAUUCAUCGAAAAGUUAUUUUGAAAAUAUUCGUCAAAAGCUCUCUGAAUUUCGAGGUGACAAAUCUCAGAAACGUGGUAGAGAUGAGGCCAUCUCUGUAAAGCCUUUUACAGGUAUCCUCUCUGAAUCUUCACGUGAUCGUUCGACGAAAAUUGAUAUUGUACCAAGUACUGAUCAUCAUCAGCUACGCUCAAGCGAGAUUGGCCAAGGUACAGGAAUCAUUUCUGGAAGAUCAAGAACAGACGUAUUUGACUUUUUGAGAAUUACGGAUAUUAUAAGGAGUGGUCAUCGUCAGCUACGCCCGAGCCUUGCUGGCAAAGCAAUCGGGUUGUACUCUGGGGAGCGAGUGAAGCUUUGGUCGGAACUUAUCGGAAAGUCUCCCCCAAGCCGUGUUUUGACCUUCUUGGACUACAAGGACAUGAACGAUGGCCUACUGAGAUACAAGACGCUGUUCCCGAAAGAUAUUGUGACACCUAUGAGUGUUAAAGGCUUCUUUGCAUGUACCGGAGAUGAUUUUAUUUACAAGCUGGAAAUGGAGUCGAGGCCAGUUUUGCACAUUAGAUAUCAGGAAGUACCGUACAAGGAGUUGCCAUGGGACUAA